CCCCCCUUGCCCUUGUUGAUUCCCCGGCUUUCUUGUUCCUUUCCAGUCUUCUCAGUCUGCUCAGUUUGCUCAGUCUUUUUGUUAGUGUCAGGUUGCAAUACUCCUUUAUCACUCAUUGCGAGAUUGGCCCCACACCACGCGAGAAUGGGUGACCCGUACUCGGCAGCAGAGUUGGAGCGGCUCGGUCGCAUGAGACCAGCCAUAUUCCCAAGUUUGGCCUCAGAAUUGGGUUUCUGUUUCUCACUCGUGCUUUCUCAAAUUAUGGCGGAAUACUUCAUCUCCGGCUUCAAUGUUCUACUCCCGUCCCUAGCAGAAGGGCUGGACAUCCCCGAAGCCUCAUCAAGCUGGCCAUCCAGUGCUUUUGCCCUGACGGCUGGCGCGUCCCUGCUCUUUUUUGGCCGCCUCGCCGACCGAUACGGCGGGUUUGUCGUGUUCGCAGGGGGGCUGGCCUGGCAUCUCCUCUGGUCUCUCGUGGCUGGCUUCGCCAAGAACGCCCUCACGAUGUAUUUUUGCCGUGCGUUACAGGGGUUUGGCCCUGCUGCCUUUCUAUCCGCGGGCAUCAUGCUCCUGGGCUCUACCUAUCGCCCGGGCUGGCGCAAGAACCUGAUUUUCAGCAUCUAUGGUGCCUGUGCACCCAUCGGCUUUGUCGCCGGCAUCUUCGUCUCCGGCAUGACAGGAGAAUUUCUCGACUGGCGGUGGUACUUCUGGAUAGGGGCAAUGCUUCUCUUUCUAGCCCUCGUCACGGUCGUCAUCUCGGUCCCUACGAGUAUCCGUCACAAGCCUCCGCAUCCGGACAUUGCGAUGGACUGGGCCGGGGCCAUCCUCUUCUUCUGUAGUCUCAUCCUGAUCUUUUUCGCCAUCAACGAGUGUGGUCAUGCGCCCGAUGGCUGGCGCACGCCAUACGUUUAUAUCACCUUGAUCGUGGGCAGUUUGAUCCUGAUGGGUGCAAUCUACAUCGAGGGCUGGGUGGCCUCGGAGCCGCUGCUGCCUCUCAGUCUCUUCCGGAUCCCACAGAUGGCUUCCCUCUGCCUCGGGCUGUUCUGUUUCUACGGUGUGUUUGGAAUCUGGCUGUUGUAUUGCGUCGAGUACAUGGAGAACAUCAUGCAGGCGUCGCCUCUGCUGGUGGUCGCCUACUUCGUACCAUUUGCACUCGGGGGAAUCUUCUUCAGUCUCUUAGGCGGACUGUUUCUGCAUAUCAUCCCGGGAACGGUGCUGCUGGUGAUCUCGGGAAUCGGGUGGCUGAUAGCGCCGCUGCUGUUUGCCAUCAUGCCCCAUGAUGCCGGAUACUGGCCCUAUGUCUUCCCGGCCAUGAUCUGCGGUACGCUGGGCAUGGAUGUCACCUAUAACGUCACCAAUGUUUUUGUGACCACCUGUUUGCCUGAAAGACAACAGGGACUGGCUGCAGCCGUUGCCAACAGUGUCCUAUUUCUGGGAAUCAGCUUCUGGCUGGGCUGGGGAGAUUUCACUUCGGCCCAGGUGUCCGGAAGCUUGCGAGCGAGAUACCAGGCGGCGCUCUGGUUGGCGGUUGCCCUGGCCGGGCUGGGGUUGAUCAUCAUGGUGCUCUUUGUGAAGAUCAAGCCUGCCAAGAGUGAGAUCACCGUAGAUGAAAAGGACUCAGGGGACAGUAGGGUGGUGCUGGACAAGGAUGCAGACGUCAGAGAUGACGAAAGGGCGGAGUCGUCCAGUUCCUAAGAGGGAGCAGGACUUGUUUUCAUACAUAGAUAUACCGUCUGCUGAGGGUACAGGAAGUAAUAUAUUGAAAAAGCUGGAAGU